AUGUCGACACUGUCGUCUACACGACCUACGCACGACAGUGCCGGGAACCCCCUCCCUGCUGUCCUGUGCCUGCAUGGCGGCGGCUCCAACUCGACCGUCUUCAAAAUUCAAUGCCGCCGCCUAAUCUGGAACCUGGAGAAACAAUUCCGCUUCGUCUUUGCCCAGGCCCCCAUCGAAGGUACCCCCGGCCACGGCAUGAUCCCUGUCUUCGCGUCCUGCGCCCCCUUUUACCGCUGGGUAACACGACGCUUUAAAUCUGGCGAAAGCGACGUCGAGCUUACCCCCACAGACGAAAUCCAGGCCGUCGACGAUAUUUUGCUCCGUGUCAUGCGGGAGAACGGUGGAAUAGAAUGCUUCAAGGGCGUCAUCGGCUUUUCACAGGGUGCGAGAUUGGUAUCUGGUUUGCUUCUACGACAGAAACGUGAGGAACGAGAUCUGGGGAGUUCGAAAUGGAAAUUCGCGUUCGGGGUUAUGAUUGGAGGGCCGUUCCCGCCUAUUGCUAUGGCAGAAGAAGUUGAUGUGAAGGAUUACGAGUUGUUGAGGACAGUUCCGACGGUGCACGCGUGGGGGAGGGAUGACCAUGUCAUGGAGGGAUGCAAGGCGUUGAAGGAGGCGUGUGAGAGUGACAAUUGUUUCCAGAUGGAUUUUGAGGGUGGGCAUCAUUUGCCGUUGAAGGAUGUAGAGGCCAAAGAUCUGUGUGAUUUGAUCAUGGCGGCGUGGUAUGCCAGUGGAGGGACCUAUAGGAUCAGUGCGGAUGAGAGAUAUUAG